AGGAUUUUGGGUUAAGAUGUCAAUGAGGACUCUUUGAGGGCAUGGGAUGCAACAGUCAGGGCUGUACCCCUGCAAAUCUCAGGAUGCAUCAAAGAAAGCUGCAGCUAAUGAAUAAGGCAAAGUUGUUGGGCUGCUCGGGGACAAUUCUGAGAUUUCUGCCGGUUGUAGUGAUCAUCAUCAUGCUCCUCAUCUACCUGAUGAGCUUUAAUUUCUCCCAAUUUCAACAGUUAAACCCUCAGGAAUCAGGACACGAGAGUAGCCAAAGACAUCAUCACAAAAACAAGCUCAUUGCUGCUUCAGCAACAGUGAAUCCCGUGGAUAGAAUUUCUGGACAACAAUGUGACAACAGCAAUUUCCAGAUCCACCGACUCCAAGCUGUCUUUCAGGCCUGUGUGACAAAGGAUGAAGAUAUUUCACUGAAAAGUUAUCUUGAAGGAUGGACAGAACUUCGAAAAAUUAUGAAUGCACUUGGCACUGUUUUUGGAUUUAUAUCUGAAGAAGUGACCAGUAAAAUGAAGAUAAUCUUCCAACAUCAAAGGGGAGUGCAUGGGAAGGAAUACACCACAAUGAAAUCCAUGAUUGAUUAUGAAUUGAGAAACAAUCUGGUGAAGGACAGUGGGCUUCGUGGUGAUGGCCUGGUGUCUGGCUGUCACACUUUACUGCGUCUCCAUCGAGCACUGCAAUGGCUCCAGCUCUUUCUUGAUAAGUUAAGGUCUAAUUCCAAAAGUAAUUCAAUGUCUGAUAUGUGCGCUGAUGCCUACCAGAGGACCCUUGCCAAAUACCACAGCUGGUUGGUACAAAAGGCUGCUGGCAUUGCCUUCCUUGCCCUGCCGUCACGAGCAAAAUUUCUCCGCAUAUUGUGUGUGCAAGACAACAAGGAGACUGAAGUGAAACUACGGAAUUCCGUCAAUGCUAUUGAAAGAGUUUAUAAUAUUACACAACGCAUGUAUGCACAGCAUGGAAUGCUUGAACUGCCCUAGUCCCAGAGCACUUC